AUGGAGACAACAUUACCACUAGAAGAUGAUUUCGAUAUUGAGGAUGAUAUCGAAGAUUUCGAUGAUACACUGGAUUAUUCCCAUAAAAAUUUCAAUGACAUCGAUUGCAAUGAGCUACUGACAACAAUUGAAAGUCCAAAUCGUAUAAUCAAUUUUCAAUUAAAUUCUAAUAAACUCUUAGUUGUACCGAAUGAAAUUGAAAAGUUUCAAUCGCUGAUAACACUUGAAUUAUCAAAUAAUCAAUUAGCACAAUUGCCACACGAAAUAGGAUCGUUAAAAAAUUUAAAGAAUUUACAUUUGAAAAAUAAUGCCCUCAACGAUUUAUCGUUUCCAAAAGAAAUGCUACAACUAAAACAAUUAGAACUUAUUAAUUUAAUUGGAAAUCGUUUUAAACAAUUUCCGCGUCAAUUAUUUCAUAUGAUUAAUUUAAAAGAAAUUUAUUUGAGUUCAAAUCAAAUAAUUAUGUUACCUGAUCAAUUUCAACAUUUUACCAAAGUUGAAGUACUUUAUUUGGGUGAAAAUCGAAUUGGAAAUAUACCGGAUUCAAUCGGAUGCAUGUGUUCAUUAAUUGUUUUGAAUUUAUGUGAUAAUCGUUUAAAAACAUUACCGCGAUCGAUUUCUCGUCUAACUCAAUUAAAGUCACUUUCAUUGCAUAAUAACCAAUUUUGUGCUUUGCCACCAGAUAUCAUUCGCCUUGAUUUACAAGAAUUAAGCUUAAGAAAUAAUCCGCUCGUCGUACGCUUUGUUCGCGAUUUAACUUAUGAUGUACCAUCAUUGAAAGAAUUAGCUGCUAGAACAAUUAAACUACAUAAAAUAAAUUAUGAUGAUAAAUCCAUACCGAAAGCUCUUGUUGACUAUUUAAAUUCUGCUAAGUCAUGUUUAAAUCCGAAAUGCAAAGGUGUUUACUUUGAAAGUUGUCAUAAAAGUAUUAAAUUUGUUGAUUUUUGUGGUAAAUUUUACUUACCGCUACUUCAAUUUCUUUGCUCGCCAGCAUGUACAUCGACAUCAACAUGUCAAAUGGCAACAACACAUUCGGAUGAUAUGAAUAGUAAAUUUAGAAAGGUGCUACUUGGUUAA